CGGUGAGGCCUUGAGUCUUUCCGUGACUUCCGGCCCUCCUCCUCCUCGUAGCCCCGCCUAUUCCGGCUCGUGGUGCAACAUGGCGCAGGGACAGCGCAAGUUCCAGGCGCAAAAACCUAAAAGCAAGGCAGCUGCGGCGGAGCGGAGCCGCGGGCCGCGGAAAGGCGGUCGAGUCAUCGCUCCCAAGAAGGCGCGCGUUGUGCAGCAGCAAAAACUGAAGAAGAACCUGGAAGUGGGGAUCCGGAAGAAGAUUGAGCAUGACGUGGUGAUGAAGGCCAGCUCCAGCCUUCCUAAAAAGCUUGCACUGCUGAAAGGAGCAUCAAAGACAGGGGCCACCCCCCACAGCAAGACACCAUCCUAAAGGCACUGAGACUUGGCAGGUGACCCCACAGGCUGGCUGGACUUGAGGGAAGAGGACCCUGCUCCAGUCCUGCUGGCCCCUGGAACAGCAAUGGGCAGGUGGUGGUAAAGCCUUAGGCCAGCUCUUCAGGAUGUUGGAGUUUCCUCUACUGGUGUGGCGGCGGGUGAUAAACUUGGCUCUGUGGUCCUUCUAGCUCUCAUGCGGUUUGAUGAGGAGGCUGUCUGGGGGCCAGGUGAGCUUCAUGGGUCUCCGCAAGAAACUUCUCACACAUGGUGCCCUCGACAGCCUCUGACCCA